AUGGAUCCCGAGCAAGCCAUGGAACAGUAUCAAGCCAUGCUACAAGAGGCUAGACAGAUGAAAAGAAAGAUUCCCGGAGACCGCAAGAACAAGAAUGCAUUGCUAGCAGCCUUCCUACCGGCGCAGGGGCUUGGAACAGCGAGUUCUGAUAGCGAGGAGAGGCUUCUGAUCAACACAUCGUUCUUACCACGGGCAUAUCCGCCUUCCGUCGUCCCUCUCAAGAACUUGCAGCCUAUCGCGAUCAAAGACCUUCGGCUUGAACGACACCAUAGCGGUCGCUAUAUUGUACUGCGGUCCAUCACGUCUCCAAAACGCAUGGCAGCGAUUGAGGUUAUGGCGGAAGACGAGCACGGGGAUGUCAUACCAUUGCGGUUGUACCAGCAGGACGAUGAAGCAACCCGCCCAGCCACAGAUAUCAUCGAUAAGCAUUCGGUUGUUCUCAUCAAGGAGCCGUUCUUCAAGUUUACGGCAGCUGGAGACUACAGUCUGCGAGUGGACCACCUUUCUGAUGUCGUGUUUCUCUCAGACAAUGAUACGAUAGUACCUGAUCUGUUCCAACGACCGCGACACGCUGAGGUGAAAACAGCAGAAACUUUGAAACUAGAGGGGAAUGCUCUCAUAAACGGCAAAAAGUACUGGCAAGCGAUCGACAAGUAA